AGGGAAUAGCAUGUGAAAUGUGCGCUCGAACCACUGAAUCCCAAAUAUCCACAUGCAAAAUGUUACCUAAACGUCUCAUUGUCUGCUGCGAUGGAACCUGGAAGGAUUCGACAGCGGAUUCUCAGGAACCUCCGUCGAAUGUGACGCGGUUGACGCGCACUUUAAGCCGCGUGGCAGUCGUGGAAGAGAAUGGAGUGAACAAAGAAAUUCCUCAAAUCGUCUAUUACCAGAAAGGCGUUGGGACCGGUCUAGCCGACAAGUAUUUCGGAGGUGUCGCCGGGAUCGGAAUCAGUGCGAACGUUCGUGCCGCCUAUGGCUUCCUCGUGGAUAACUACGAGGAGGGCGACAAGAUCUACUUUUUUGGAUUCUCACGGGGUGCUUAUACCGCCAGAGCGAUCGCGGGUAUAGUCUGCGAACUAGGGCUGUUGACUCCCCGAGGCAUGGACAAUUUUGCCACGGUAUACGAUGACUUCUACGACCGAAAGUUGCCGGUGUACGAUGAGGAGAAACGCCGACAGCUGGGUUUCCGCGACCCCCUCCCACGGUUCACAGUAGAGAUUGUCGGGGUCUGGGACACGGUCGCGUUCCAUAAGCCCUGGAUGUUCGGAAACUGGUCAGGGGAGAAACUCGAGUUUCGCAAUACGCUGCUCUCUAGGGAGGUCAAGUAUGCUUUUCAUGCACUUGCGCUGGAUGAAGAGAGAAGUGCCUACCAGCCCACACUGUGGCAUCAGCCAGAGAAUGCUGAUGGCCAAGAGCUGCUGCAGGUGUGGUUCUCUGGUGUGCAUACAGAUGUGGGCGGAGGAGGGCAGGACCCCCGACUGGCGAAUAUCACACUGGCCUGGAUGAUCGCGCAAUGCACCAAGCAUAAUCAGUUGAGCUUCGAUAUUGAGGAGUACCUCUUCGACCGUCCUCCACGACCGUUAGAGACAGACACAGCCCCAUGGGCGACGGCAUUCGGCAAAACAAACACGGGAAGCUUCGCUCGGACGGUGGAGACCAUUCUGGGCGGGAAGUCAAAGAGGACACCUCUCCAGUACAAGCAGACUGGCGAUGGAAAUCCACAGCCUACCAAUGAGGUGAUUCAUGCUUCUAUCGAGGACCGUGUAUUGAGUGGGAAGGGAACCAUAGCUGGGGCUGUACUUUGGCCCUCGCUAGUAAUUGAACGCCUAACUCCUGAUCAAGAAUGGGUACUUGACAGUGGAGGCAAACUUGUGCAAGCGCCAGUGCUGAAAGAGGAACUGUUCAUGAAGGGGAGGAUUCGGACAGUUCAUGUGGAUGAGGUAGACUGAUGUACUAAGUUUGGGUAUUUCAUGUAGUAAUAGGACGUCUUCAAUUAGA